CGUCUACUCAGUCAUUACUGGAACAAGCCUCGUGUGACGGGAGACAGUUCCCAUUACACAGUCCGUAAAAAAAAACAUCUCUGAGGUCUAACAGCAUACUUACCCUACCAGCAUUUUAAUAAGACAUUUCAGACGCGCAACUAUGCACAUGUCGGAUAUAUUAUACAUAUGGAGAUAACCAUGACCUGAUUUUGAGUGGGUUUAAUCGCUUCAAGGGAGACGCUCUGGUUUAAUUUCAAAGACAGAGAAGUUAUCACUGGAGUCCGUGUGGAGUUUAUUAGGACAUCUUGUGGGCUGUUUUAGGCUAGGACUGACGCUGACAGGAGAUAAGAUCUAAGGAUUGUUAUUUAGGGGAGGGUAACACACAUUGAAAUACCUGCAUGGAGUUUUCCUGACUUGUAACCAUACAAACUGGUCUUGUUGAUACCUAGGAGCCCUGAGACACUGGAGGGAGGAGACCAGCUUUCUGGUAGAUUUCUACGAAACUCUGAGGAUUUCUUGUCACUAUUUUCAUAGGAUUUAACAUAAUUCAUAGAAGGGAUGUUUCUGUGAAGAUUUUGGUAUAGUUUGAAUUUGUUGCGUGGGCGGUCUUUUGGAAUUGUUUUAUGGCAUGCGCUAGGUAAGAUGUGAGAUAUUGGCAGCAGACAUUCCCAGCAAAGAAAAAGGAGGAUUGAAAUGCUGUACAACUACUUACGAGUUAUUCUUUGGAACAAUUUUUGAUUCUGUAAAACUUGAGGAUAAGCUCUUAAUAAUUUGUGCCUUGGAAAAAAAUUUCAACACUUAUGCGGGCAAGCUGUGCGACACAAUACACUACUUGAAAAACGGCCUCAAAAGAAGUAAUAGUGUGAUACUGGAGGAUAUAUUUCAUCAUUUGAUAUUGUGUGCAUUUAUAAUCAUAAGAAAUUAGGGAUUGGCCUUCGCUGUGUUGCUUUACUGGAGGAUUUUCUUCAAGAGGUAUCGAGUUUGGAUGAGUGUAUCAGUUUUACUACUGAUGCUUUAAAAAAGAAGAAUUACCAUAUAUUAGCAUUUAUUUCUCAGAUCAGUCAAUAUACAUAUAACUUACAAGAUUCAUGAUUUAAACAACCGUCAAGAAGAAACAUUAUAGGCUAUCCUAGUGUAUGGUUACCAUGGUGAUAUCUUAGUAUCUGGUGUCCAUGGUGAUAUUCUAGUGUCUGGUGACCAUGGUGAUAUCUGUGACGUCUCCACGGCGAUGGUCCUAAUGUAUAUCACAGGGAUUCAGGACCAGAAUAGACUAGAGCACCAGUCUGCCUGCAGGCGCUACUAUAACAGGCUCUGGUCGUUUCGAUCUAAUACCUCGGAAUUUUCAGGAUACGAGAUUGAUUUUGACAGCCACAACACUGAGACAACUCACUGGCUAGACCCAAGGUUAUCAGAGAAGAAGAAACAGUCUCCAUUAGAGUGUGAUGAAGAUGAUCGAAGAAAUAAAGUUGAAAAAGUCGAAAAAGAUCAGCAACCCUUAAAACCCACAAUGCCAGAGCUGCCUUUUGGUUGGGAGAAGGUGGAAGAUCCCCACUAUGGCUGUUAUUACAUAGAUCAUGUGAACAGGAAGACCCAGUAUGAGAACCCCGUAGUACAGGCCAAGAGGGCAGCAGGGGGAGCCACUGGUGGAGAGGAAGAGUCCCCACAGCGACCUCAUAAGGAACCACCAGGGUAUGAGGAGAGGAUACGCCCAUUCUUCACCAAAAACCCUGCAGAGCUCAAAGGAGAAUUUAUGAAGACGGAACUCGUGAAAAGUCCGAGAGGGUUUGGCUUCACCAUCGUCGGCGGGGACGACAAUGACGCGGAGUUUUUACAGAUCAAAAAUGUAGUGCCAAAUGGACCAGCUUAUGAAGAUGGAAUACUCAAAACAGGUGACAUCUUGGUCCAUGUAAAUGACAGGUGUGUGCUGGGAUUCACUCACCAGGAUGUAGUGGCCAUGUUCCAAACCAUCCCCCCAGGGGAACACGUCCUCUUAGAGAUCUGCAGGGGGUACCCUCUGCCCUUUGACCCCAAUGACCCAAAUACAGAAAUAGUUACCACUGUUGCCGUGACGAUGCCCCCAAACACUCCCACAAGCAACACGCCUUCGUUCUCGGUGGGGUCGGGAGGCGCGGACGGGUCGGCGUCACGAGGACAUAAUCUCAAUAAUAGCAUAUUAAAUCACAAGGAUAAUAAUAACUUGUCUCAACUGCACAACCAAAGUGGCGAGGUCCCACACAUGAAUGGGGGGGAAGACACACCAGACAUUCUCAGCCUCUUUCCCAGUAGUGCAAAACCAGAACUCUUCACGAUACACAUAGUUAAGGGAACGAUGGGCUUUGGCUUCACCAUAGCUGACAGUGCCUACGGGCAGAAAGUGAAGCAAAUCUUGGACAAGCCGCGGUGUAAGACGUUACAGGAAGGAGAUAUACUUGUGGAGAUUAAUCAUAUUCGGGUCAAGGACAUGAGUCACUCGGAGGUAGUACUAGUACUUAAGAGUUGUCCCAAGGGGCAAGAGACAGCUGUCGUAAUACAGCGAGGAGGAAUGCUCACUCCAAGUAAAGGAAGGAAAACCUCUAAAUCGCCUAAGAAUGUAGAAGAUAGACGCGGCUCACAGGGUAUGGAGGGAAAUGUAUCCGGCGUCAGUGUCCCCAACGCUUUCUUUUACUCUCCAGACUCUUCCAUAGCUUCUCAAAGUACAGGGCAAAGCAAAGAGGCAGCCAAACCAGAUAUUUUAAGAAAUGAUAGUUACAAGAAAGAGGAGGGUAGAAAGGGUUUAGAUCAAUCAGAGAAUCAGAAAACAGAUCUGUUUAACGACAGCCAAGUAAGCAACAGAAGUAGAACUCCUACACCAGACCGUGGCCCAACUGCUGACGACCCUGCCAAGACCCCGACCCCAGACAACCCCAACCAGUCGACCAUUAGUGGGAGACAGAGUCCUUCCAGGGAGUACUUCAAUGCAGGACAGGGGUACUAUCCAAACAACAGGCCACCCUUCACAGACCAGGAGCAGUCAGAUAUGCCCAGGCAGCACCCCAGGGGUGGGCUGGAGAACUCUUACAGGCCGGAGGUGAAUCAUUCAGGGGGGUAUGACCCCAGGAGGGACCCCCACCCCCCUCAGUACAGGCCAGACCCCAGGGCUUUUGAGGAACACGAGUUUGCAAGGUUUGGACCUGAGCCUAACAGGAGAGAGUAUCGCAGUCGCACACCAGGUCCUGAUCACAUGGGGCGACAACAUGGCGCAGAUCAUCUCCAUCAGAGGUCUAAAACGCCAAACCCACAAGAGAUGAGGAGUCGCACCCCAACACAUGACCACUUGAAUAUCAGUGGCACCCCAGACUUUAUCCCAGCAUCUAGAUAUAUGCAGCCCAAACACACAGAACCCCCCCUGGGACCUCUACCAAACCACCAUGGUAGCAGUGGCUAUCACAGCAGAUCUUCUUCUCACUCAGGGCCACAUGAACAUUUCCCCCCUCAGCAGCAUGGGAAGUACCCCCCUCCACCUCUCCCCCAUCACCCUGGGGACAGGUACCACCCCUCCCCACAGAACUACCCCCAGAAUUACCCCCCUCCUCACCCCCAUCAUCUGCAGCAGGCACCUGCAUCAUAUCAUCAACCUCAGUCCAGAUACGCACCCCAUGACCCCCUCUAUCAUCCUGGGAUGUCGCCAGGUCAAAGGUCAAAUAAAAAUCGCAGCACUUCCUUCGAGCACGCAGAACCAGUGCCGGCACGAAUGCCCCCAAUGGCACGGCAGUACUCCCCAGGGGCUUCCUCCCCGGGGAUGGGGAACAUAUCCCGUGGCUCUCAGCCACCCCCGCCUCACAGAGGGCCUGGAAGACCUGAGGACUACGCGGAGAUGACGGUGUUCUUGAGGAAACACGAGAAUGGGUUUGGAUUCAGGAUCAUAGGUGGCACUGAGGAGGGCUCACAGGUGUCAGUUGGUCACAUUGUCCCAGGAGGAGCCUCUGAGAUGGACGGCCGACUGCGGACAGGUGACGAGAUAGUAACUGUGGACGGUCAACCCGUUCUUAACGCCUCCCACCACAAGGUGGUAGAACUGAUGGGGGCCGCGGGUCAGAAGGGGUGUGUGACGUUAGUGGUCAGAAGGAGGAUACCCAGUAGUAGGGACACAUCAUUUCAGAGCCAGCCAGAUGGCAUGCCGACAUUCCCGUACAACGUCUCUGUCACACGGCGUGAUAACGAAGGCUUUGGCUUUGUCAUCAUUUCUUCAGUGACAAAGUCUGGCAGCAACAUAGGCCAGGAUAAAGUUAACGAUACCAACAAGGAUGGCAGUACUAAACCACAUCCACCUCCGCGAAUUGGUCGUAUAAUAGAGAACAGUCCUGCUGAAAGGUGUGGGAUGUUACGUGUCGGGGAUCGCAUUCUUGCCGUCAACGGAAUUGACAUCAGUCGCAUGAAUCACGAGGAAAUAGUGAAUGUUAUAAAAGACUCCGGCAUGUGUGUCACCCUCACGGUCGGCCCACCUCCAGAAGAAAACCCUACCAAUACUCCAGUAUCUUCACAAAGGGGGUCCCAGAGCUCCAUGAUCAAUGCCAUGGCAUACCCAGCUAUGGGGGAGACAGAUUCUAUGAGAAGGGGGGACCCUGUCAAUCAGCAGAUCUUAGAGAGGCAUAAAGAGCUGGCCAGGAGGAGAAUGCAAACUGGGUCACAGUCUGAGUCUGAGGACAGUGUCUUCAGUGAACCUCCUGUGGCUAGAUUUGGAGGUGACCAGGGAGAAGACCAGAUCUACGUGGUAGAACUUCACCGAGGAUCUCGCGGGUUUGGCUUCUCAAUACGCGGAGGUCAGGAGUUCAACAACAUGCCUCUGUACGUGCUCAGGAUUGCUGAUGGAGGAGCAGCCAACAUGGAUGGAAGAUUGCGGGUUGGAGAUCAGAUCUUAGAAAUCAACAAUAUCAGGACGCAGGGAAUGACCCAUGCUGCUGCCAUUGAUAUCAUACAGAGUGGAGGGUCACGGGUCAGACUACUGGUCAAAAGGACGGGAAAACCACCUCCUAAUUUUGAACGUGGGUCUUCCCCAGGACGGAUUAUAUCCCCACACAGCCCACAUGGCCAGCCUAACCCCUCCCCCUUGACUAACGGACCAAUCAGCCACAGCUCUCCUCAGAUACAGCGACGAAUGCAGGAAAGACAGGACUACUUCUAUGAUUACUCCGACAUGAGGCCACACCCUAAUUAUUGAGGGGUAGAUGUUAUCAUAUCUAGGUCAAAAUUCAUUUCUGUUUGCUACCAGAAUAUGGAUAUAUUAUUGAUAACUACAUCUCACUUGUAAAGGACUGGACAGUAAAGUCUUCAAAAAAGACUUAAUAUCACCAGAGAUGGAAGCAUUUACCAGACAUGAAUAUUGUUUCAUUGGCUGGAUAAGCUGUGAAGUUUGGAAGUGUGGCACAAAUAUAUCCAUAGAAUUGUUUUGGAGCGGUGGGGUUACCCCAGGCAUGGCAGACUGUGGAAGAUGACGGCAGCAAAAGUAUAUAUACAAAAUGAAAACAGAAAAUAGGCUUCACAUGUGAUGACUCCAUAGAGCAAUAACACAGAUAGUUCUGCUCCCUGUGGAUGUCACAGCUACCUUUGUUAUGCAAUUCAUAAAGAUGACAGCUGUUUUACAGCUCAGUUUGACUGCCAUUUCUCAGGCUGGAUUCCGUGACCUCAGCAAAGUGAAAAACCUGAGGGAGGAUUAUUUCACCACUUUGUUGCCCUAUGAACAGAGCUUAAUCUGCAGUGGAUAUAACAUAAAAGGACGAGGUUGCAAAAAAUUCUAAGAGUGGCAAACUUGGUCUGUUUACAACCAUUAGAAAAAGUCCAAUGGAGAAUGCAGUAUCACUGGUUGGACAACCACAAUCCUCUCUUCUGUCACUCUCUCAAGUAUGCUUGCCCAACUCGUUGCCAAAGUCAGUGGCUGCCAAAUGUACAAGCUCAAUGAUGUUAUAGUGCAAACAGUAAUUAAAUAAUUUUAGCUAGAUUCCCUACAGAGAAUGAGAGAAUUUAGGCUGGAAUUGAAAGGAGAGUGGUAAUCUGAUCAGAGGAAUGCCAGGGCAAGAGACUAUUUAUAUGCUUACUGUUACGAAAUGACACAGUUUUACAUUAAAAGAUUGUGGUCAUGCAUGAGAACAAGAAUGAUUUCAUAGUGAAACUUGAUCCUUUGUAGGUUAUAAUGUUAUUUGUCAAUGGGAACAUAUAUUGAAAUCACUUAUUUUAUAUUCCAGUUAACAAAUGGAAUAGUUAAAAGUAGGGAUUGAAAUAUCAAAGGAGAAGAGUAGUUUUCUUCUCAGUAUUUAACUUAAUGGUUCAUAAUCAAAGAUAAGAGACCGGGGGGGGGGGAUGUACGUAGCACCCUCUAUUGUACGCCAGUUUAUAUCAGCUUUCUGAGCUGAACAGCAUAAUCUCAACAAGUAAGCAGGAACAAAUGUAAAAUAUUAUUAAUAUAUUUAAAAGAUGCAGAAAUUUGUGAGAGGUUCUCACUAUGUAGCAGAAUAGGAGAAUAAUUGUCAUUUAACUUUUAAUAUGUAAUUAAUUAUGAAAGCUGAAAGUGUAUUAUGCAGACCUGCAUGUGAUAUGCAAUGUGGAGGAAUACUAAAGUAUAUUUUCUAUACAAAGCCACACCCUUUUAGUUUACACAGUGAUAAUGUAAAUAUAGUGCAUGAUGUUUUCAUAUAUAGAAUUUUACAUCUAUUAAUUAUAUAUAUAUAAUGUCAUGAAAUUUGUGGCACCAGCUGAUUGCUUUGAAUUUAGCUGCCCAUUUUUUAUCACAGAGUUCGGUUUUUCAAUUUUUUCAUAUACAUAAUCAUUGCGUUUUUGUCUGAAUGUAUAUAUUGCAAAAAAUUCAGACUAGGGCAAAGAAAUAUCAGUGAGAAUAUCACAAAUCUUUAUUCUACAAGUAUUUUUGACUUUUGAGAAGUCUUCACAUUUUUAACACUAUUGGUGUACUGUGAAAAUCACCCAGUUUUCCUGAAUUUUACAUUCACUGCUUAUUAUAGUGUGGGAGUCACAAUCUGCAUUACACAAUUAGUACUGACAAGUCUAUCACAUCAUUUCACCAGCUUAAAAUUAUUUUUACGUCACUUACAUAUCAUGAUAAUAGAGAAAAAUAAUUGCCAAAUAUCAUAAUUAGAAUGUGUCACAUUUUUGUUAAGUACAUGUACUCUCUAAUAAAAAUUAGGACAAAGAAACUUGUACUAAAAUAUCAGUAUAUAGAUAAUUACACCAUCCAGGGCAUGUGUCCAAAUGUGGUGUCAAAGAGCUUGCAUUGUGGUCUAAAUUAAUGUCUAAAUUAACAUCAUUACACAUUUAAACCAGGUGUCUUCAAAUUAAAGAAGAAUAAACAUUAUUUUAACAAGUUGGCCCAACAUCAAAUGUAUAGUGUAAAAAACCCAGAGCAUUAACCUGAUGAGGGGUGUUGUGUAUAUACCAUGGACUCUAGCUGAGUGUCCACUGAGUGUCCUGCACUCUACACUGUAUACAUAUAUACACAGUUGCCUGCACUGUAUAGUAGCGUAGUUCAGUAGUGUAUAUUCUAGGGUGAACCUGUGAGAACCAGAGAUGUAGUGAGAGACUUUGUAACACAAUAAAGAUAAGUUUUCUACAACACUUCUGGAUUUGUCUUAAUUUUCUUUGAUGAA